GAACGGAGAAACGACCCACCGGGCCGUGAUGCCGUCGUGGUAUGUGCGAGUACCUGACCAUAUCCUGGACCGAUUGAACACACAAACAUGUUAAUUCGUCCCCGUAUUCUAAAGGAGUGAACUUUUUUGACGACAUGGCAGACGACAAUUCUAUAAUCUACGGCCUAGAAUUUCAGGCUCGUGCUCUGGCACCUCAACUUGCUGAAACCGAGGCAGUUCGCUUUUUUGUCGGAACUCAGUCUCUGAAAUUUUCCCAAAACCAAAUUCAUCUUGUAGAACUUGAUGAAGAGCAGAGUUUUGUAAACACCCGGGUAUUUCCUCACAGUGUUGGGGAAAUAUGGUCUGUAUCACCAUCACCUGUUAGUCAUGACAUCAUAACUACCUGUUAUAAUACAUUAACAGAAGAAAGUACAUGCCUAAUGAAAUCAAGUUUAUGGCGUCUGCCAUCAUCAGAAAGUGAUGAUCGUGGGGACUCAGAUCAAGAGACAGGUAGUGGUCCUCAUCAUUCUUCAAGUGGGCCUCUUGAGUGUGUGUGUGAAUUUGACACUUCAGAAUAUGGCAAAGAAGUCAAAGUGUCUGCUUUUCAUCCUACUGAUGGGUCAAGAGUCAUGUCAAUUGUGGACAAUCACUUUCUAAUGUUUGAUGUCAGUGAAUCAUCAGCAAAGCUUGUCUCUAAAGGGACCCUUGAAAGUAAAGGUCAACCAAAAUUCAUGACUGGAAAAUGGAACCCUCAUCAUAAAUGCACUCAAUUUGUAACUGCAAGUGAAUGCAGUGUACGCAGCUGGGAUCUUCGAGAGGAUAAUAAACAAGCGUGGUGUAUUGAAGGUGCUCAUUCUCAACUAGUAAGAGACUUUGAUAUUAAUCCCAAUAAACAGUAUUAUAUUGCAUCUGGGGGAGAUGACGGAUGCACUAAAUUUUGGGAUGUCCGAAACCCUUCUGAACCAGUUAUCUCAAGAUCAGAUCACUCUCAUUGGGUUUGGGCAGUGAGAUAUAAUCAUUUCCAUGACCAAUUGGUUCUAACAUCAAGUAGUGAUGCUCGCUUAGUGCUCACUAGUGUUGCAUCUAUAUCAUCUGAACCUGAUGGACACUUAGGAGCAACUGAGGACGAAAGUGAUACAAGGAAGGGAAUACUCGCCGAUGGAAUUCUAGCUACCUAUGACCAACAUGAAGAUUCAGUGUAUAGUGUUGAAUGGUCUGUGGCUGAUCCUUGGACUUUUGCCUCUUUAAGUUAUGAUGGUCGACUAGUUAUUAGCAAAGUGCCUAAAGCAGUGAAAUACAAAAUUCUACUCUAAUAUCUUUGUUGUGUUUUAUGAUGUUGCUGAGAGUUCUUUUUGAAAGGUGUAGGAAAUGUUUUGGGUGGUACAUGAAAUGCAUCUUUUUAAUUUGCAA